CUCACUAAAGAAAGAAAGAAAGAAAGAGCGCGCGUGUGAUGUGUUUGUGUAUCCUCAGUGUUUUUCUCUCUUGCGUGUUUCGUCGAGUUUUAAUAGAGUCUUGUUUCUGUGUACCGUAUUUUGGACUGUUAUACUUAGUCAAAGCUCACAGACACUCAGGACACUACAGUGUGUGACAGUAAACAGAGCUUACAGGAGGAUCAAACCUCCACAGAGUCUCUGGAUUCUGUCUGUAACGCUGGAGAACAGCAGCAGAUCCUGCAGACCAAACUGAAGAUUUGUUCAGUUAAACUCAUCGAAUUCACGAACCUGGUGAUGAAGAUUAAAACUGAACCCACGGAAAUCAAAACUGAACCCACGGAAAUCAAAACUGAACCCACGGAAAUCAAAACUGACCCCACGGAAAUCAAAACUGAACCCACGGAAAUCAAAACUGAAACCACAGAUCGCAUUGAUGAUGAUGAUUUUAGUCCAUCAGAUGUGAAGAGUGAUUCAUGUUUGGAUAUAGAAAUAACGUCCUCAACAUCAAAAGAGCGACUGACAGCACAAACUCUUUCCUGCAUCACCUGUGGAAAGACAUUCAGCUCACAGAGACAUUUAGAGAGACAUGAAAGAAAACACACAGAACAGAAACUCUUCACCAGAUCUGAGAUCAGCUUUACUACCUUACAAGAGAAGAAACUUCAUUCAGAAGACCACAGAGAGCAGAAGAAGCAGUUUCACUGUGAGCAGUGUGGGAAGAUUUGUGUCUCUUCCUUUAAUCUAAAUCUUCACAUGAGGACACACAGUGAUGAAAAGACUUUCAACUGCACUGAAUGUGGAAAUUACUUCAAAACCAAACAAAAUCUUAAAGUCCAUCAGAGACUUCAUUCUGGAGAGAAACCUUAUCACUGUAGUGUCUGUGGGAAGAGUUUUAGUCAAUGGGGUUCAUUACGAAAUCACAAGAGAAUUCAUACAGGUGAAAAACCUUUCAAAUGCUCUCAGUGUGACAAGACGUUUGCUCAGUCAAGUUCCUUAAAAUACCAUCAGAGAGUUCAUACAGGAGAGAAACCUUUCGUUUGCGCUCAAUGUGGAAAGAACUUCACUAUUUCAUCUCAAUUAAUAGUCCAUCAGAGAGUUCAUACUGGAGAGAAACCUCAUCACUGUAUAGUCUGUGGGAAGAGUUAUAGUCAAUGGGCUUCAUUACGAAAUCACAAGAGACUUCAUACAGGUGAAAAACCUUUCAAAUGCUCUCAGUGUGACAAGACGUUUACUCAGUCAGGUCACUUGAAAGGCCAUCAGAGAGUUCACACUGGAAAGAAACCUUAACACUGUAGCGGUACAUUCACACUGGGCGAAAUCGUUACCGCUUGACGGCAACGUCUGUAGCGUGGCCAACGGCCAAUCACAGUGGCCGCAACACGUGCUCCGGUCUUCCAUAAAUGUAAUUGGCUGGCUCUGCCUAGGUUAUUUGCAUAAGGCGAUCUGAUUGGCUGACGCAUGCGUUGCUGCUUGAAAUAUUGAGAAUUGUUCAACUUCUGCCGUGAGCAACAGCACUGGAGCGGCGCCGACGGUUCCACAAGUCAGUUCAGCAACGCAUGACAUCACCCAUUAAUGAAUGGGAAGCAUUAACGCUUACGCACCGUGUGAAUGUACCGUAAUGUUUGUGGGAAAAGUUAAUCAACAGUCAAACUUUAUAAAGCAUCCACGACCUUAAUAAGGUUAUGACAUCACAAACUUGUAUAAAGUUUUAAAUUUUGUUAAAAAAAACAAUAAAUUAAAUAAUAAACCAACAAUU